AAUGUGCAGUUUGCUCAGCGGAUCGAUGUUUGCUGGCAUCGCCUCGCCCUGCCUGUAUGUGUGUGUGUGUGUGUGUGUGCGUGUGUGUGAGUGUGUGUGUGCGCGCGUGUGUGUGCGAACAGCAGAUUUCCUUCCCUCCGAAGCCUCCCUGUCCUCUCCCAUAUCACUCACUGCCUGGCAGCUGACAGCACCGAACCUGCAGCGCUCCGCGCGCACGCACACACCGGGCAGCGCUCCGCCAUCCGCGCGGCGCGGAGGAGGAGGAGGAGGAGGAGGAGAGGGAGGACAGGGAGGAAGCAGCCCGGCAGCCCCGCCGCGUUCCCAGAGCCGCCUUUCUAAUAGAUACAUUUCUAUUUUGUUAUUUAUUUAUUCUCGCUCUCUGGUACCGUGGGCUCCUUUCGUUUGCUCCUUGAGCUCGGAUGUUUGAAUCAAAGCAAAGCAAGUGUUGCAACAGUUAAAAAAAAAAAAAAAAAAAAAAAGCCAACCAAAAAAAAAAGAGAGAGAGAGAGAGAGAGAGAAACGUAGAUCUCAGAAAUAAAAUAAAGGCAAACAGGUUCCUGUGAGCGCAGCCAGGGGGGCCGGGGCUGAGGGUGCCGGGGCCGCGGCUGAGGCGCACGAACACGGCUCCGGAGCGGCUCAGGGCUCCCGGAUCUGGGGACAGAAGUGAGAUUGGAGAAAGUAGAGCGAUGCCAAGGAGGAAACAGCAAGCACCCAAACGGGCUGCAGGUUACGUCCAAGAGGAAGAUUUAAAGGAAGAAGAAGAUAUAAAGGAGGAGGAAGAAGAUGAUGAUGACAAUUCAACUGCUCAGCUCCAGGGCAGCAAUGACACUGGAACAGAUGAGGAACACGAUGCGGGUCCUGAGCAGAAAGGGAACUUUAGUUACCAGAAUUCCCCUGUCAGUCAUAUAUCUAACCAGGAUGCAGAAAAUGAGUCACUGCUGAGUGACGGUAGUGACCAUGUGACAGAUAUUAAAAGCAUUUGCUCUAGAGAGCCGCAGGAUCCGAAAACCAGCACCCAUCCCAAAGCCCAGAAUGAAGCACACAACUGCAUGGAUAAAAUGACAGCAGUCUAUGCCAACAUACUGUCAGACUCUUACUGGACAGGCUUGGGGCUGGGUUUCAAGUUAUCCAACUCUGAAAAGAGGAGUUGCGACAACAGAAACGGAGGGAACAAAGCUGAUUUUGAUUGGCAUCAAGAUGCACUGUCAAAAAGCUUACAACAGAAUUUACCUUCCAGACCGGUCUCGAAACCCAACCUGUUCAGCUCCGUCCAGCUUUACCGGCAGAGCAGCAAAAUGUGUGGAACGGUGUUCACUGGUGCCAGCAGGUUUCGGUGCCGGCAGUGCAGCGCAGCCUACGACACGCUGGUCGAGCUAACAGUUCAUAUGAACGAAACAGGUCAUUACCAAGAUGACAACCACAAAAAGGACAAGCACAGACCUACCAGCUACUCAAAGCCCCGAAAAAGGGCUUUCCAGGACAUGGACAAGGAAGAUGCACAAAAAGUUCUGAAGUGUAUGUUCUGUGGCGAUUCAUUUGAUUCCCUUCAAGAUUUGAGUGUUCAUAUGAUAAAAACAAAACAUUACCAAAAAGUGCCUCUGAAGGAGCCGGUACCAACCAUUUCUUCAAAAAUGGUCACUCCAGCAAAGAAACGCGUGUUUGACGUUAACAGGCCUUGUUCCCCCGAUUCCACAACGGGGUCUUUCUCAGAUACUUUUUCCCCACAGAAGAACGGCAACCUGCAGUUAUCAUCCAACAACCGCUAUGGCUACCAGAAUGGUGCCAGCUAUACCUGGCAGUUUGAGGCCUGCAAAUCCCAGAUUCUGAAGUGCAUGGAAUGUGGGAGUUCUCAUGACACUUUGCAGCAGCUCACUGCCCACAUGAUGGUUACUGGCCAUUUCUUGAAAGUCACAAGUUCAGCUUCAAAGAAAGGAAAGCAACUUGUUCUAGAUCCUUUAGCUGUGGAAAAAAUGCAAUCGCUCUCUGAAGCACCAGCCAAUGACAGCCCGGUUUCAAAGUCAAUCAGUAAAUCAUCGUCUGCAGAAUGCAUUGCUCCUGCUUCUGAAAUAAAGAAAGAAAGUAAAAAAGAUAAAGCUGAUGAUGCAAAUAAAGAUGAGAAAGCAGUAAAAACCGAGGAGUAUGAGGACACUCUUCAGAAACCACUGGAUCCCACGAUGAAAUACCAGUACCUCAGAGAAGAAGAUUUAGAAGAUGGUUCAAAAGGUGGUGGGGACAUUUUAAAGUCUUUGGAGAACACUGUCACGACAGCCAUCAAUAAAGCUCAAAAUGGAGCACCUAGCUGGAGUGCAUAUCCCAGCAUCCACGCAGCUUAUCAGCUCUCAGAAGGAGCUAAGCCAUCUUUGCCAGUGGGUUCCCAAGUACUGCAAAUCAGGCCAACAAUGGCCAACAAAUUGAGGCCCAUAGCUCCAAAGUGGAAAGUCAUGCCUCUAGUCCCUAUCUCAGCAAAUGUGGCUCAGUGCACUCAACUGAAGAAGGAAACUGAUGACAGGGAGGAGGUACAAAAGGACUAUGCCAAGGAGAGCAUUCAAGCUGAGCCUGUUUCGCUCAGCCAGAGUGAGAGGGAACCUGUGCUCAAAACUGAAGCCUCUCUGGAGCCAAAAAAGACAGAACCUUGUCCCUUGAAAGAAGAAGACAAAAUUAAAGAGGACAGUGGAAAAGAAAAAUCAGCCCUGAAGGAACCGGCUUCACUUAGUAAUGGUUGUGCUGCUGCCAACCAUUCGUCGGAGCUGCCUUGUGUCAACCCUCUCAGUGCCCUGCAGUCGGUACUAAAUAAUCACUUGGGCAAAGCCACCGAGCCUUUACGGCCCCAAUCCAACUCCAGCCCCAGCUCUAGCACAAUUUCUAUGUUCCACAAAUCUAAUCUAAAUGUGAUGGAGAAGCCAGUUUUAUCUCCUACUCCAACCCCACCAAAGCCUGCCAGUGUAACCAGGCACUAUUUGUUUGAAAAUAACGAUCAGCCUAUUGACCUGACCAAAUCUAAAGGCAAGAAAGCUGAGUCAGCUCAAGCACAAUCUUGUACUUCUCCACCUCAAAAACAUGCUCUGUCUGACAUUGCUGACAUGGUCAAAGUUCUUCCCAAAGCUACUACACCAAAACCUGCCGCAUCUUCAAGGAUCCCGUCUAUGAAGUUGGAAAUAGACGUCCGACGCUUUGAGGAUGUCUCAACAGAAGUCUCCACUCUGCAUAAAAGGAAGGGCAGGCAGUCAAACUGGAAUCCUCAGCAUCUUCUGAUUCUGCAAGCCCAGUUUGCUUCCAGCCUCUUCCAGACAUCCGAAGGUAAAUAUUUAUUAUCAGAUCUAGGCCCACAGGAGCGUAUGCAGAUCUCAAAAUUUACCGGACUGUCAAUGACCACCAUCAGCCACUGGUUGGCAAAUGUCAAGUACCAACUUAGGAAAACUGGAGGAACAAAAUUUUUGAAAAACAUGGACAAAGGGCAUCCAGUCUUUUAUUGCAGCGACUGUGCAUCUCAGUUUCGAACCCCAUCUACUUACAUUAGCCACUUAGAAUCCCAUCUAGGUUUCCAAAUGAAAGACAUGAACAGGCUGGCUGUGGAGCAGCAAACCAAGGUAGAGCAAGAAAUCUCCAGAGUUUCAGUUCAAAGGUCUCCUGAAACAAUAGCUGGAGAAGAGGACACAGACUCUAAGUUCAAAUGUAAGUUGUGCUGUCGGACAUUUGCGAGCAAACAUGCAGUAAAACUUCAUCUAAGCAAAACACACAGCAAGUCACCAGAACACCAUUCACAAUUUGUAGCAGAAGUGGAUGAAGAAUAACUCUUAAGGACGAAUGCCUUAGCUCCAGCCCUCCAGCCCAGGCUCCACACCCAGCCCAUCUCUGCACAUCACCCCAAUCCUGACAUUGAACUCACAGCAACCCGGACUGAGAAGACUGCCAAAAAUUCUCCAGCUAUUCUUCUUCAUCCUCACUAACAAUUUGGUAAUGAAGUAUUGAUUUCCACUCUCCUGCUUAUGGACGAUAUUAGAUUUUCAUUGAUAAACUGCACUGGGGCUGUCUGGUCUCCACUGUCCCUUUUUGCUGUCACUAAAACAAAGUGCCACUGAAGUAAGAUAAUGACUGAGAACAUUGAUGUACUUAUUUUGUCAAUUUGUAACACUUGACAGGAAAAAAGAAAAAAAAAAUCUUCCUGGUUUAAUGUCCAACUGUUCUACACAAGAUGCAGUCACAUUGGAAGCUUUGCUGUUCAUGGUAAUGUCCAUUUCCUAUUUAUAACCCCUUUGGGAUAGUUUGUCUAAAGGAAAUGUUUCUAUUCAGUGCAGCUAUUACUGUUGCACCUGGGUUGCCCAAUCCAGUCAUUGCACUAGGGAUCAAUACAUCACAGUAAGUACAAGAAUUAUUAAGUUAAAACAGAUUCUGAGCCAAAAAACCUCCGAACAAUGUUAAUCUUCUGUGCAAGUUGUUCGAAUAGUUAUGCUUAACCAUGUUGCUGCCAAAGAUUUGUUUGAAAUGGAUUACUUUCCGUUUGUUUUAUUCCUCAGAUAUAUAUAUAUAUUUAAAUCUCCGUUACGGUUUAUGACGAGACAUGCGAUGGAGUGAUUUUUAGACAGAAGUACUAUUGUUAGAUUAUUGAGCGUUAAAUGAAUAUAGGGAUAUCUAUAUAUAAAUAUCACUGUAUAAAUAUCUAUAUAUAGAUACAAGGUAAUAAAGUACAAACCCUUUCUCAGCUUGGUGCGUGUAAACCUGGAUCUCUCAGUUGGAGCCAAUGGAGCCCCUUUGGGUCCAUGGCCCGGUGUGAGGUCAGGGUGAGGGCUGAGGACGGCAACUUCGAAUCGGUGCUCUGAACUUUUUUCAUUAAAACUUUGAGCACCCAGUUUUAAUUUGUGGAAUAUUCACGUUAAUAAUGAGAUCUAAUUAAGACAUCCAUUAAAAGCCCGUUAAAGUUAAUUUAACGUAAAAAUUCCAAUAGAACUGUAUUAGAUUUUCUCCAUUAAAUUAACGUUAUGGAUUUUUAACGGAUGUCUUAAUUAUACAUUAUUAUUAACGGGAAUACUGUAUUACACAGAUUAAAAUCGGGUCCCGAGUCAACUCACAAAGCUUGCUGGGCAUGCUGAUGCCACCAGCUCCGUGUGACCCAACACGGAGCCUGCAGAGCCCUGCUUGCUCCAGCUGAGCAUUUCCUGGCAGAUGGAGCAACCUGCAGCAGACAAAUCCAUCUCGGCAUUUAACGAUGAACUUUCCUGAGUCUCAAAGGCAAGAGAAGUCUGGAUUCAGUUGCAAACCUCUGCUCCGUCACAAAUGAAAUACUCAAAGUACACUAGGCACAAUUGGAGAAUUGGAUUUUUCUCAUGCAAGAGAGAGGGCUUUGGGGUGUCCUUUACUGUUGUAUUUUAGACAUUCAAGGAUAAAAUUGAAGUGCAGCAUUGACAGCAUCAGACUGAAUGUGUUCACUGUAUCCCCCCUUGCUUUUGCGCGUGGGUCUCUUUUGGAGAUGUCUGGAAAAUUUUGAGAUGAUCCCUAAAUUCAACGUGGAGGAGGAAAAAAAAGGCCCUUCUUAUUUACCUCCUAGGGAAAGAGUUGCCCUUAUGCCACAUAUAAUAGCAAAUUGCUUUUUUUAUGGCAUGCAUAACCUAGAUGGGAAAAAAUAUGGCGCUUGAGGGAAGGAGGGAAAAAGUAAAUGAAGUUCCAGGAAUGUCAUUCUGAAGUAAUGAGGCAUGGACAGAAAAUAUACCCCUCACAUCAUCGGAUUGAGAUGGCAGUCGAAAUAGCUUCAUUGAAGUGUCAGCACUCAUCCAUCAAUCAAUCAUCCACAAGGAAAAAUAGCGACAGUACAACGGGGCGGCUUUUAUGGGAUUUACUCAUGGGCAUAGGGAAUAGCAGCUCAAAUGUAGUUCUGACAUGAAAAGCAAGGUGCUGAUAUUAUUUUUUAUGAUGGGAGGAUCAUAAAGUGAAUUGAGAACAGUGAGGUCUGUCUUUGCUUAACCUAUUCAACUGGAAAUGAACGGAGCUCAACUGGAAACGAGCAGAGCCUUCAGAUGGGUUAAGAUUGAAGCCUGCGCCGUGCUGAGUGCCGUCCAUUGACAACAAAAUUCUAUUAAAGCAAAAUCAAUGCAUUAGCAUCGAGCUCCGCAGAAGCUGUUAAAUUGCACAGCCCAGUUCAGAGUUAUUAAGUGAAGUUACACAAGGUGAGGGCCCGCAGCACAGCCCCAAAGGCAGCGCCGCAACCCAGCACCACUGGGGAGAAACUGCCUGUGUGGCCCCAUCCCUGCUCCCUUCCCCAGCUUUUGUGGGCCCUGGAGCACUACUGGGUCCAUUCUGGCCCUCAAUGGAUGAAAUUCCCACCGACUCCUGCUCCCACUGGUGGGUGUUCUGCAGUCUGCCAUAGCAGAAAUGUGGCCAGGAGCCUGCAGGAGGGGCUCCCCCAGCCCAAGUGUCUGGGCUCUGCAGGGCACCUGCUGCUCAGCUUUGGCAGAAGAGAGGCGUUCCCAUGCCCGCAGCAGGCUGUGGUUGUGCUCGUGGUGAGGAAUGGGGCCAGCAUCCCCCACCGCCCCAUUUGUGUGGGCUCCCUGGCUGUCAGGGCUGGAAGCACAGUAGAUUUGGGGCCGAUCCCACUGAUGGGGGCUGGCUCACCCCACGCCUUGCUUUGCUAAAGAAGCUUUGCAAAGGCAAGUGCAGGAACAGCUACUUCUUUUGAAAUCUGGCCACAAACCUUUAUUACACAGUGCUAAACCUUGAUUAUUCCUCCUGCAUCGCUGUCCUCUGGGAACAUUUUAUAUACACAUCUGAAUUAAGUGAUUUUUUUUAUUUUUUUUUUACAAUAAGAUAUAAAAAAAGCAAAUGUAACGUCUCUCCUCUCUCUUUCUCUGUAUGAAACUGGAUGAGUUGAUAGUUUAUCUGUCAUAUAAAUCAGGUAACAUAGAAAAUCAUUGCAUCUUUUCUCUGUCGUAUCUACUCAAUAUCUAUCGCUCUGACUUUUAUUCUUAUUGGAGAUCAUCAAAACAUUAAUUAAAAGCCUGGUGAUCAAACAGCCGAAUAUUUAUGAUUCACGUCCUUGCUUAUUAACAAGUGGCAUAUUGAUACACCACGUAUCCAAGCUGUUUAUGCUCUUGCAGUGCAAUAAAGCAGCAAGAAUUGUUAUCCGUGUACACUGCUUUGAGAGAUUUAUUCAGAAACCAGAGCUCCCUCCCUGCCCCCAUGCAUGUCAAAAUAAGCCAUAUCACCUUAAAAAGAUAUAUCUAUUUUAAAAAGUGGGGAGACAAAAUUAGCAUCUCUUUGGAACCUAAUAUAUAAGAAUUCCAGUAUGUCGGUCUCAGGUGUUUUUUUCCAGGCCUUUAUUAUUUCAGUUGAGGAGAGGGACACUUAACUUUAAAAAUGGCUGUCAUUAGUGCAAUAAUAAUUGUUGGUUUAAAAAAAUCUUUGAGAAUCCGCUAACAAACCUACCCAGUAAUUACUUGUCAAUGCAACUUCAUCAUGAUUUUUAUUACCUACUUGUGAAAGUAUUUACAGGACUGACCUCCUGAGCUUCUUUAGAGAUCAUGGAGGAUAUAGGAAGUCAUGUUUAAAAUCAAUAAUUAUAUAUUAACACAAUAGGGGUUGAGGCCUUCCAAGCCAGCCUUAAAGGCUGUGGUGCCAACUCACACAUCUGCAGGGCAAUUACUGCUUCCCUAAGUUUUCAUCUCUAUUCUUUCCUCGAUCGUAUUUUGACAGAUCUCCCUAUUUGCCACUGAUCCAAUUCUUUGUGCCCAUGGAGCAGCUCCAUGCAUGAGGUGUGUGGGCACAGAUGGGCUUUGCACAGAAAGCAAACAGCAAUUUGCAAUGGAAGGGCUGAGUACAGAAAAAUCAUGAAAAAACAAUGGGGUUUAGGGCAGCUCUUGGGUAAAUGCUACCCAAAGGGAUUUGCUGUUAGGGUGCUUCUCCCUGCUAAUUACCAACAGCCUGACCCUGCCUGCAGUCUGUCCCCAGCACCAAGCAGCCCUGGGAUGAGUCCUGCAGGAAGAUGGCACUGCAGCCAAAGCCACCAAGGAAAUACAUGGCCAAAGGUGCCAGACAGAGGUUUCCAUGGAAGCUUCUUCCCAGCACAGUGAGGCUCUGCUCAGUGCUUGGGGACGGGCUGGGCUGAGGCCAUGUCCCCAUCCCCAUUCCCAUCCCCACCAUAACUCUCCAGCUGGUCCAAGUGUUCCUGCGAGGUGGAGAUGGCUCUCUGUCACACAGAGAUUUUGUCUUCUCAAACAGAUAUACGAUGCAAUUUAUAUUUAAAAUUCUCACCAUAAAGACAGUAUUGAUCACAGAUUCCCAAUCAAUACAUUGCAAUUACAACAGGCUUUAAGGGCCAUCUGUCCCCAAGCAAAAGAACUGAUAUAACCACCUCUAUAUUUUUUAGAAAGCACUGCCUUUUUGUGCCCAUCUCCUGCACAGCCCGAUGCAUCGUUUUUGCUCCCAGGAAGCAGAGUUUGGGAGCUUCAUUGCUGUCACCAAAUUAAGGAGCUGCUUCAUCUGCACCAGUAGCGGUACCACUGGGCCCGACCAUAGUCAUUAGCCUCCAGAUUGUCCUCACUCACAGCUCAUGAAAUGGCUUCAGGCCUUCAUAGAAAGCCCUGUUGGACUUCACAUGCUCACUGCAGCAGGUCGGGUGUCUGCUGAGGUCACACCAUUUAGCUGUGCAAACUUUCCUCUGUUACAUUUUUGGAUCGGAGUGAAGACAACAAAUUCUUUCCAUAGACAUCUCAGAUGAGAAAGCAGGAAAUAAAGACAGGUUUUAAAAGGAAAAUGGGAAUAAAGCCUUGCCGGGUGCAGCCGUGUCACACUGCAGCCAUCGCCUUCCUCCCUCACUGGGUCCCUCCAUAUCUGUGCCCAUCCGUGGCACUCAGCACCGAGCGAAGCUGCAGGUCUCUUCAGGAUACACAAAGCAGCGUUUUGGCUUUAGAACACAGCAAGUGCUGGAAUGUGCAAUACAGGUUGCAAAAGCUGACAAGCUAAACAGUUCUUAUUUGGCUCAGGGUACUUAACUGUCAUAUGUCUCCGGUACGAGAUGCCCUCCUGCACGGUGCUCGGGUGCUGCUUAUCUGUCCUUUCCUUUCUUGGGGUUUUUUUUUGGUGGGUUUUUGUUGUUGUUGAUGUUGCUUUUCUUUUUCCUGGUCUUGUUUUUUAUUAUCUUGAAUAUAUUGGCACAAACCAUAAGAGAUCCAACCCCAUUUUAAUCAGGGCAUAGUUGGCCAUCAUGGUAAAGCUCUCGGGUUCGCAGUGCCCCAGUGCUCGCAGUAUGUGGCACGUUCCCUAUUGGCAGCAUCAUCUUUAGGUUACGUACGUGACCCGUGGUGUCACUUCUGGCGUUUUGUUUAACGUGAUAAUAAUAAUAAUAAAAUGAAUCAGAAAACUUAUUUCUCUUUAAACAAUAAAAAAAAAAAUUGUAUAUAUUACAAAUUGCAAAAUGAAAGAUUAAAGGCAUCUUUUAUACUAACAACACGGAUGGGAUUCCUUUCAGAGAGGACGGAUGGGGACUUCUAUGUAGAACGUUGCAGUGCUGCCGCACUGGUUUUGUAAGGAGCGCAUGCUGUACAGAUACAUUGCCUGUGCACCUGGGGCCAAGGAGCCAAGCUGCUCCUCGUGGUGCACUGCAGCUUGUUGGGAUGGAAAGUUACGCCUUCGAUGCAUUUUUAUACUGUACAUAGUUGUAUAUAUAACUAUAUUGCCAUGUUCUGAACACGAGAUUUUGGUAUAUCUGCUUGUUUCUGUUUCCUACAAAAAGAAAAGAAAAAUUGGUCCAUAACAGGGGAUUUUUAUUUUUAUUUUUUAUUUUUUUUCCUAGAAAAUAUGCUUGUAAUUUUUGUUUGUUUAUCUUCUGGGUCGUCACCUUUAAUGGCUCGAACAGGAAUUAGGGAUGGGUUUUUGGAGGAACUGAGAGAAGCAAAGCUGUGUUUGCAUGAGAGCUGCCCAACUGCUGGCUGUACCGGGGGGUGGGGGGUGGGAGGGAAGGGGAAAGCUCACUCAAGUUUUGCUUUUAAAGCAUGUUUUGUCCCAUGGGAAAACUCAUACACGUACAAUUAUUCUCUUUGUAUUUUAUCUAAUAGUGCCUGAAUAUUUUUUUUUAAUGUCUUCUAUGAGGAACUAUUCAUAAUUGUCAAAAUUUGAAACAUUAGCUUAAUUUCGUUUUCAUGACCCUCUCAUUUCUCCCCCUUAUUUAUUUUGUUGCUGCUUAUAAUGGGCCCCAAGGCCGUUUCUGACAUCGCAGCGUUCCUCUUCCACAUUAAGGAUGUUUUUAAAAUGACUAAGAUUAUUGAGCCAACAGGCUGCUUUAAUCAAAGCCAUGUUUCACUCCGUUCCGAUGCUACCAGCGCUCGGGUGCAGCCGCUGUGCGGUCGGACCGUCCCACCUAGCGGCGCUGCGGGCUCAGCACAGCGCCCGGCCCGCAGGCAGCUCCGCUUCCAAUCGGUCGCUUGUUACUGCCCACGUAAACGAAGCGAAGUGAAAAAUGUUCCUGGUAGAUUCAUAUAUAUAUAUAUACACAUACAUAUAUAUAUAUAUUCGGUUGGUGGCUCAAUACAAUUUGUAUAAUUUAUACUAGAGGAAAUUUACGCUUCUUUAUUCUUUUUGGGCCCCCCCCCCCCCAAGACCGGUUAUGAACCAUCAGGACGAUGGAUCUCGUUGCAUUUAAAUCAGGUCACACCUAUUUAUGCUGAUGCAUUUGCUGAUGUGCAGGACGGCGCCUGGAUCUCAGCGCAUCUAAGAAAGUCCUUCUGUGGACGAUUCCAAAGCAGCGAUUUUGUGUCCUGUGUUUUUAUCGUGGCAAAUGGUUGUUAAAAAAGCAAAAAAUCAGCGCAGCAAAUGUUAGUUUUUUCUGCCCAGGGAUUUUCAGUUUUACUUCUUUUUAAAUAAAAUCUUCGCAGUUUUAGAACUGUAAUUAAAGCCCUGAAUAAUAGAUCAAUAAUAGAUCACACAUCUUUAUCUGUUGUGUUUAAAAGGGGAAAAAGAAAGAAAAAAAAAAAAAAAGGAAAAAAAAAUAGCCCAAACUGCUCCCAUAAUCCUGAAUGCCUCAUUUCCAUAAAAAAGGUUUCUAUACAUAUAUUAUUUACAUUUUUAAACAUGGUAAUUCUUUCCUUUGUGGCAUAAAAUGUCUCUUUUCCACUGCAGCUAUUGGAAAGCGACUGCUCACAUCUGAAAUGUUAUCGUAAUUUGCAUCAGGAAACCCAACUGCAGACAUUAAGGACUUGGGUGUGUUCAAUUAUGAUUUUGCUGGAGGCUGUCCCUCAUUUUAAUGCUGCACUCAUUGAACUACCUUUCUGAAAUCUAGCUGAUACGGUUCACCAUAGACAUGCUUCACAACAUCAUUAGCUUUGCAAAUGGCUUCAUUUCAGUCGAUGCAGACUUCAGUUUUGGCCAAUUGUAAAAUGGAAAUUUGAAAAGGAAAAAAAAAAAAAAAAAGAAAAAAAAAACAGAUGCACUUAAAACAUGAAAAGAAUUAUUUAUAUGAUAAAAAUAUAUUUAGAUUUUCAAAGCACAAGACUGAACAGAAGUGCUCUUUUUAUGCUUUCUGAAGAUGUUACUGUUAAAAGUCUUUCUACAUCAGGCUUAAUAAAUCUGUAAUGACAUUUGA